ACAUGGCGGCCGCGCAGGCGCGUGUCGUGCACCGCCUGCGCGGCCGACAAUGGUCCGAUCUCGACGCGACGUCGAUGGCAAAUGCCACAUUGAUAAUUUAAAAAUCAGCUUGAAUCAACUGAUUUACUGCAAUUAUUGAAUUGAAGAAAGGAAACAAAAGUUUACAGCCGGAGCUAGAAGUAACUGUUAAAACGGUGCUGGGAUUUAAGGAGCAGACUCUGAUCGUGUCCGAUUGAAUUGCGUGAUACAUCUUGUGGCAGUCGCGACGAACAGUCGGUAUCCCGAUUAUGGAUCCACCGAAAGACGAGGCACACGCGGAGGCGGCGCUGAUCGAGAGCCUGUCCGCGGAGCAGAGCUCGCGAUGCGAAUCGCCGAAACGCGGCACCACGCUCUCCACCAGCACCAGCAGCUUCGAGGCGCUGGAUCCGCACGAUCCAAACCUGAGCCGCCUGGCGAACACGAUGUUCCAGAAGACGGGCGAGUACCUGCAGGAGGAGCUUACCGCUACCCAUGCGGACUACCGACUGUUGGAGCGUCUGAACAAGGAGACCAUCGCCAAGUACACGGAGCUCAAGAUUAUCUCGUCGAACGUGGUGCAAUCAUUGGACUCGCUUAACGACAAAUAUCAGAAACUGCAGCCGAUCCUAGAUAAUAUCAAUCAGAUUGACGACAGUGUCAGCAAAUUGGAACAGGCUGCGUAUAAGCUGGCGGCCUACUCCAAGCGACUUGAGGCCAAGUUUAAGGAUCUGGAAAAAGAUAAGAGCAAAUAAAGCUGUAAUUGUGAAUAUAUAAAUCAUUGUAUCUUUUAUGUAGUUACGUAGAGUAGGAUGAUAAUUAUCUUGGGCAUCCAUCAUUAUGAAUAUGAAUUAUUGUAUAAAAAAAUAUGUAGAAGAGCUAGCAACGGUCAAAAGACACUGUCUUUUGUACAUUAGAUUUAUUAGUAUACGAAACCUCUUAAACACGCUUACAAAACUUGUAUAAAACUGUAGUUUGCCAUCCCUUUGCAUAUCAUACAAUAUCCGACUUUUAUAAUUAACAACUUAUUUAUUAAAAGUGAUAUAUCUUAGUUAGUGCCCUAUUAAACCUAAUCUUUUUCUUCUGCAGUAUAUCGAUAAGCCUCACAAUGUGCCUAAGUAACAAUGACAUAAAUGUAAAUACAAUCACUAUGUAAACCAAGAAUAAAUAAUUGUAAUUAUUUAACAAAAGA